AGAAACGUAAGAUUUUCUUUCUCGACGCGCAAAUUGAAAUUGCUUUUGCUUCAUCGAUUGAUCUGGAGAAUUCAUAGCAGAGGAGAUGUCGAGCUUGUACAGAGGUGUUUCAAGGAAAGAGAAACCGAGACGUCAUCAUGGGUUGACGACGCAGAAGAGGCAAGAGAUUAAGGAAGCUUUUGAGCUGUUUGACACUGAUGGAUCUGGCACCAUUGAUGCUAAAGAGCUUAAUGUUGCUAUGAGGGCGCUUGGUUUUGAAAUGACGGAAGAGCAAAUCAACCAAAUGAUAGCUGAUGUGGACAAAGAUGGAAGUGGAGCCAUAGAUUUUGAUGAGUUUGUUCAUAUGAUGACUGCUAAGAUUGGUGAACGAGACACAAAAGAAGAGCUCACAAAAGCAUUCCAGAUCAUUGAUCUUGACAAAAAUGGGAAAAUAUCUCCAGAUGAUAUCAAACGCAUGGCAAAGGACUUGGGUGAAAAUUUCACUGAUGCUGAGAUACGAGAAAUGGUUGAAGAAGCUGACCGAGAUCAUGAUGGUGAAGUUAACAUGGAUGAAUUCAUGAGGAUGAUGAGGAGAACAACUUAUGGUGGUAACUAGAAAGGUUGUUGUUCUCAACAAUAUUGAUGAGCUCUGUUAUACUUCUUUAACUGAGGAGGCCUGAAAUUCUCUGUAAUAUUUCUGAAGAUAUCAGCUUUUUUUUCUUUCUUUUUAUCUAUAGCUUUUCUUAAUGGCAAGUCUUGGUCUAUCUUUGUAUCAUUGUAAGAUGUAUAAUAGAUACAUUUGAAUUGAUGAGGCAAUGAGUCUACUGCAAAAACUUUAGGAGCUCGUA